ACUUGUUGUGUCCUCUUGUGGAAGCACAACAGAGACAAAAUGUUAAUGUUGAUUGUCCACUGAAGCAGAGAGGAGAGCCGGUCCAUCUGUCUCUGUUUUUAUAGACAAGUUAAUUCAGAGACAAAUACCAGAACAAUUACCUUGUCACUAUAUCUCCCCCCUGACCUUUGAUUUAUCUGAAUGAUCCAUCUAAAUGCAAAUGAGGUGAGAUGGAAGUGGCUUUAUAAAUCACAUAGACUUUUAAUAGCUGAUCCCCUAAUUAAAAUGCUCCACUCUGUAGUAAUUGGAUUAAUCUGAGUUUCAGUGGAGUUUCAGCAUCCUGUGAUGGUCUAAAUGUUCCUUUUGAGGCUAGAAAAUAUCAGGAUACGCACACUGCGUAACUGGUGAUGAGACAUAUGAUCACCAGCAGAGGGCAGACCCACACCUGAAGAAGACCUCCCACCUGCAGACAGACACUGAGCAGUCUUCAGUGUGAGCUGUGGUCUGCAGUGCACACCUACAGACCCUGGAGGGAGCCUGUGUGACGUGAAGUACACCAGGUACACAGUGAAGGGCGACUAUGUCUGGUUGGACUUAAAGACCGGUCGGGAGUUUGAGGUUCCAGUCGGCGCCGUGGUCAAACUCUGUGACUCGGGUCAGAUCCAGGUGUUGGACGAUGAAGGAAAUGAGCACUGGAUCUCCCCCCAGAAUGCCACCAACAUUAAGCCAAUGCAUCCCACCUCCAUCCACGGUGUGGAGGACAUGAUCCGGCUGGGAGACCUCAAUGAAGCCGGCAUCCUCCGAAACCUGCUCAUCAGAUACAGAGAGAAGCUCAUUUAUACGUACACCGGCUCCAUCCUGGUGGCCGUCAACCCUUACCAGCUGCUGCCCAUCUACACAGCCGACCAGAUCCGCCUCUACACCAACAAGAAGAUCGGUGAGAUGCCGCCGCACAUCUUCGCCAUCGCCGACAACUGUUACUUCAACAUGCAGAGGAACAACCGGGACCAGUGUUGUAUCAUCAGCGGUGAGUCUGGUGCAGGGAAGACGGAGAGCACCAAACUGAUCCUUCAGUUCCUGGCAGCCAUCAGUGGUCAACACUCCUGGAUAGAACAGCAGGUCCUGGAGGCCAACCCAAUACUGGAAGCUUUUGGCAACGCAAAAACGAUCCGCAAUGAUAAUUCGUCCCGUUUUGGGAAAUACAUCGACAUCCAUUUCAACAAGCGCGGAGCCAUCGAGGGAGCCAAGAUCGAGCAGUACCUGCUGGAGAAGUCCAGGGUCUGUCGACAGGCGCAUGACGAGAGGAACUACCACGUCUUCUACUGCAUGCUGAAGGGGAUGACUGCAGACGAGAAGAAGAAACUGGGGCUGAGCAAAGCCACCGACUACACCUACCUGACCAUCGGAAACUGUACAGUGUGUGACGGCCGAGACGACCUGAAGGAGUACUCCAACAUCCGCUCUGCGAUGAAGGUUCUGAUGUUCACAGACAAAGAGAACUGGGAGAUUUCUAAGCUGCUGGCUGCGAUUCUACACAUGGGAAACCUCAGAUAUGAAGCUCGUACCUACGACAACCUGGAUGCCUGUGAAGUCGUCCGCAGCCCUCAUCUCACAACUGCUGCUACACUGCUGGAGGUGGACGGUAAAGAUCUGAUGAACUGUCUGACCAGUCGCACUCUGAUCACGAGAGGAGAGACUGUCUCCACCCCGCUGAGCAUGGAACAGGCUCUGGAUGUUCGGGACGCUUUCGUGAAGGGAAUUUACGGCCGUUUGUUCGUGUGGAUCGUUGAGAAGAUCAACGCAGCCAUUUACAAGCCGGCGUCUUCACACCCCAAAGUCCUCAGACGCUCCAUCGGACUGCUGGACAUCUUCGGCUUUGAGAACUUCACGGUCAACAGCUUCGAGCAGCUGUGCAUCAACUUCGCCAACGAGAACCUGCAGCAGUUCUUCGUGCGUCACGUCUUCAAGCUGGAGCAGGAGGAGUACAACCUGGAGCACAUCAACUGGCAGCACAUCGAGUUCACCGACAACCAGGACGCUCUGGACAUGAUCGCCAUCAAACCCAUGAACAUCAUCUCGCUCAUCGACGAGGAGAGCAAGUUCCCCAAGGGCACCGACACCACGAUGCUGAACAAGCUGAACUUUCAGCACAAAGUCAACACAAACUACAUCCCGCCGAAAAACAACCACGAGACUCAGUUCGGCAUCCAACACUUCGCCGGAGUCGUUUACUACGAAACACGAGGCUUCCUGGAGAAGAACAGAGACACUCUGUAUGGUGACAUCAUUCAGCUGGUUCACUCCUCCAAGAACAAGUUCAUCAAACAAAUCUUCCAGGCGGAUGUCGCCAUGUUUCUGUGUGGUUACUCUCCUGGUAGCUCAGUAGGUCUCCCUGCCAGAACUCUUCCCAAGGGCGCAGAGACCAGGAAGCGUUCGCCCACUCUGAGCAGUCAGUUUAAGAGAUCUCUGGAGCUGCUGAUGAGAACUCUGAGCGUCUGUCAGCCGUUCUUCGUCCGCUGCAUCAAACCCAACGAGUUCAAGAAGCCCAUGCUGUUUGACAGGGAGCUCUGUGUGCGUCAGCUGAGGUACUCUGGUAUGAUGGAGACCAUUCGGAUCCGCCGUGCAGGAUAUCCCAUCCGCUACACCUUCGUGGAGUUCGUCGAUCGCUACCGGGUGCUCAUGCCUGGAGUCAAACCAGCCUACAAACAGGAGGACCUGAGGGGAACCUGUCAGAGGAUUGCUGAGGCCGUGCUGGGCAGAGACGAUGACUGGCAGAUGGGAAAGACCAAGAUCUUCCUAAAGGAUCACCACGACAUGCUGCUGGAGAUCGAGAGAGACAAGGCCAUCACAGACAAGGUCAUCCUCAUCCAGAAGGUGGUUCGAGGUUUCAAGGACAGAUCGAACUUCCUGAAGAUGAGGAAGUCGGCUGUGUUGAUCCAGAAGACGUGGAGAGGGUAUCAGUGUAGGAAGAACUACGGAGCUAUGCGAGCAGGCUUCUCCCGCCUUCAGGCUCUGGUUCGGUCCAGGAAGUUGUGUGCGUCGUAUCAUGUGGCCCGUCAGCGAAUCACCUGCUUCCAGGGUCGCUGUCGGGGCUUCUUGGUGCGCCGAGCGUUCAGGCACCGACUGUGGGCCGUCAUCACCGUGCAGGCCUACACCAGAGGAAUGAUCGCUCGCCGGCUGUACAAGAGGCUGAAGGGAGAGUACCGCAGGCGUCUGGAGGCUGAGAAGAUGCGUCUGGCUGAAGAAGCCAAACUGAGGAAUCAGAUGUCUGCAAAGAAAGCGAAGGCCGAGGCCGAACGCAAACACCAGGAACGUCUUGCCCAGCUGGCGAAAGAGGACGCUGAGCGUGAGAAGAAGGAGAAGGAGGAGGUUCGCAGGAAGAAGGAGAUGGUGGAGCAGAUGGAGAAGGCCCGUCUGGAGCCCGUCAACGACUCCGACAUGGUGGACAAGAUGUUUGGCUUCCUGGGGACGACGGGCUCUUUGCCAGGCCAGGAGGGACAAGCCCCCGCUGGCUUUGAGGACCUGGAGAGGACCCAUCAGGAGCUGGAGGAGGAGGAUCUGGACGAGGCUCUUCCUCUGCCUGAGGACGAUGACGAGGAGGAUUUAUCAGAGUACAAGUUUGCCAAGUUUGCUGCCACCUACUUCCAGGGCACCUCCACUCAUACGUACGUCCGCCGGCCUCUCAAACAGCCUCUGCUGUUCCACGACGACGAGGGAGACCAGCUGGCUGCUCUGGCGGUUUGGAUCACUGUGCUGAGGUUCAUGGGAGAUCUGCCAGAACCAAAGUACCACACAGCCAUCAGUGACGGAAGUGAAAAGAUCCCCGUCAUGACCAAAAUCUACGAGACGCUGGGAAAGAAGACCUACAAGAGAGAACUGCAGGCGCUGCAGGGGGAGGGGGAGACGCCUCACUCAGACAGCAUCAAGAAGAACAGCGUCCGACACAAGCUGGUGUCCCUCACCCUGAAGAAGAAAUCCAAGAUCACUGAGGAGGUCACCAAACGCCUUAACGAUGGUGAGUACAGUCUCCACGGCAACAGCAUGCUGGAGGACCGGCCCACAUCCAACCUGGAGAAACUUCACUUCAUCAUCGGCAACGGGAUCCUGAGACCAGCACUGAGGGAUGAGAUCUACUGUCAGAUCUGUAAGCAGCUGAGUCAGAACCCGUCUAAGAGUUCUCAUGCUCGGGGAUGGAUCCUCAUCUCUCUGUGUGUCGGCUGCUUCGCUCCGUCAGACAAGUUCGUCAAGUAUCUGAGGAACUUCAUCAGCAGCGGACCGCCGGGCUACGCUCCGUACUGUGAAGAGAGACUGAGACGGACAUUUGUCAACGGGACGAGAACUCAACCUCCGUCCUGGCUGGAGCUGCAGGCCACCAAGUCGAAGAAGCCGAUCAUGCUGCCGGUGACGUUCAUGGACGGCACAACCAAAACACUGCUGACGGACUCGGCCACCACAGCCAAGGAGCUCUGUAGUGCAUUGUCUGAUAAAGUCAACCUGCGGGACCGAUUCGGCUUCUCUCUCUAUAUCGCUCUGUUUGACAAGGUUUCCUCUUUAGGCAGCGGGAAUGAUCACGUGAUGGACGCUGUUUCGCAGUGCGAGCAGUAUGCGAAGGAGCAGGGAGCUCAGGAGAGGAACGCCCCCUGGAGGCUGUUCUUCAGGAAGGAGAUCUUCACACCGUGGCACUCCCCUGCUGAGGACCAGGUCGCCACCAACCUCAUCUACCAGCAAACCGUCAGGGGGGUCAAGUUUGGAGAAUACCGCUGCGACAGGGAUGACCUGGCAGAACUGGCCUCUCAGCAGUAUUAUGUCGACUACGGUUCAGAGAUCCUCCUGGAGCGCCUGCUGAGCCUCAUCCCCUCCUACAUCCCCGACAGAGAGAUCAGCACCUCCAGGACGGUGGAGAAAUGGGCUCAUUUCAUCAUGGCGGCACACAAAAAGGGGAUCUACACCCAGAAGAGGUUUGACACCCAGAAGGUGAAGGAGGAAGUGGUGGACUUCGCUCGCCACAAGUGGCCUCUUCUCUUCUCUCGUUUUUACGAAGCCUUCAAGUUCUCAGGUCCCAGUCUACCUAAAAAUGACCUGAUUGUCGCCGUCAACUGGACAGGAGUUUAUUUUGUGGACGAGCAGGAGCAGGUCCUCUUAGAACUCUCCUUCCCAGAAAUCACUGCAGUAUCCAGCAGCAGGGGAGGAAAGUUGCAGAGUCAGAGUUUCACUCUGGCGACCAUCAAAGGAGAGGAGUACACCUUCACUUCAAACAACGCCGAGGACAUUCGCGACCUGGUGGUGACUUUUCUAGAAGGCCUGAGGAAGAGGUCAAAGUUUGUUGUCGCCCUGCAGGACAACGCCAUCCCCACUGGGGAAGGGUCCACGUUCCUGAGCUUCCUGAAGGGGGACCUGAUCCUGUUGGACCAGGACACAGGAGAGCAGGUCCUCAACUCUGGUUGGGCACACGGUGUCAACGAACGAACCAAUCAGAGAGGAGAUUUCCCAGCCGACUGUGUCUACGUCCUGCCAACCAUGACCCGACCUCAGCAAGACAUAGUGGCUCUGGUAACCAUGACGCCGGAUCAGCGCCAGGAGUCGGUUCGUGUUUCGCAGGUCGUCAUGCCAGAGACGGACGGCCGGGUGAAACCCUACACUCUGGAGGAGUUCUCCUACGACUACUUCAGGCCUCCUCCCAAACACACCCUGAGCAGAGUGAUGGUCACUAAGAAUCGUGGGAAAGACAAGAUGUGGAGCUGCACCAGAGAGCCGCUGAAGCAGCCGCUGCUGAAGAAGGUUGUCAGCCACGAGGAGCUGGCUCAGGACGCCUGCAUGUCCUUCAUAGCUAUGAUGAAGUACAUGGGUGACUACCCAUCUAAAAGGACACGUUCAGUCAACGAGCUGACGGACCAGAUCUUUGAAGGGGCGCUGAAGGCCGAACCUCUAAAAGACGAGAUCUACUGUCAGAUCAUCAAACAGCUCACCGACAACCACGUCAAGUACAGUGAGGAGAAAGGCUGGGAGCUGCUGUGGUUGUGCACUGGUCUGUAUCCUCCCAGUAACGUCCUGCUGCCGCACAUCCAGCGAUUCCUCCAGUCCAAGAAACACCACCCGCUGUCUGGAGACUGCAUGCAGAGGCUGCACAAAAGUCUACGUAAUGGAUCCAGGAAGUAUCCCCCUCAUUUGGUGGAAGUAGAGGCCAUCCAACAUAAGACAACUCAGAUCUUCCACAAAGUCUACUUCCCUGACGACACAGAUGAGGCAUUUGAGGUGGAGUCCAGCACCAAAGCGAAGGAUUUCUGCCAGAACAUCUCAACCAGACUGCUGCUCAAAUCUCCUGAAGGAUUCAGCCUCUUUGUCAAGAUCUCAGACAAGGUGAUCAGCGUGCCGGAGGGAGAUUUCUUCUUUGACUUUGUCCGACAUCUUACUGACUGGAUCAAGAAAUCUCGACCAGCUAAAGACGGAAUCGUCCCCUCUCUGACCUAUCAGGUGUUCUUCAUGAAGAAGUUGUGGACCAACACAGUUCCAGGGAAGGACUCCUUCGCUGACUCCAUCUUUCACUACUACCAGGAGCUGCCUAAAUACCUGCGCGGGUACCACAAGUGUUCACGAGAAGAAGUGUUCCAACUUGCAGCUCUCAUCUACCGAGUCAAGUUUGAGGAUGACAAAUCUCACUUCCCUAUGAUACCCAAAAUGCUUCGAGAGCUGGUUCCCCAGGAUCUGAUCCGUCAGAUGUCACCAGAUGACUGGAAAAGGUCUGUGGUUGCAUACUUCAACAAGCAGGCUGGUAAAUCAAGGGAGGAGUCCAAACUGAUGUUCCUGAAGAUCAUCUACAAAUGGCCGACAUUUGGCUCUGCCUUUUUUGAGGUCAAGCAAACUACAGAGCCCAACUUCCCAGAGAUCCUGCUGAUCGCCAUCAACAAACAUGGAGUCAGUCUCAUCGACCCAAAGACGAAGGACAUCCUGACCACCCAUCCCUUCACCAAGAUCUCCAACUGGAGCAGUGGGAACACCUACUUCCACAUCACCAUCGGCAACCUGGUCAGAGGAAGCAAACUGCUGUGUGAGACCUCACUGGGCUACAAGAUGGACGACCUGCUGACCUCCUACAUCAGUCAGAUGCUCACCACCAUGAACAAGCAGCGCUCCGGGCGGGGCCACAGCAAGUGAACUUCUUACUGGCAGGAGGCCGCUGAGCUCAUCCAGCUCUUGCGCCCUAUUGGCCAGCACUGCAGCUGGGGGCGGACCUUUGCCCACCAGCUGUGGAGGAUGAGCCGCAGUCCUUCUGCUAGCUCCGAUGGGUCAAAGCUCACCUGGGAAAGUUCGGCUGCCAGCAGCGACAACCCCGGCGAAGGCCCCAGCAACCGCUACACCUACAGCUACGACUUGGACGAGGACGAGCCGUCCAGUGAGGAUGACUAUCUUUAAAACCUCCAGACACUUCGUCCAACAGGGUAUCUGCCUGGUUUGGUUCCCGAUUCAACAAUCAGACCUGCACGUACAGAAACACAGUGUUCAGUCAGAGCUGCUGUCAAGUUCAUUUAUGAUCCAGAUUGAACCGAGGCGCAGCAACCAAGAGGCAGCCGGUGUUCACUGCCUUAAUGUUGGACAUUUAUAAGGACUUUGAUACCUAAAUGUUGAAAUGUUCCUGUGACGUCAUUAAACAUUAACAGUAACUUUUUUUCAGCUGUCAUCAGCCUCAUACAUCCUGAAAACUUCAAGUGGACUACAGUAGCUAGAAAGCUCAUUGUCUCAUAAUGGGCAAGUUAAUUUGUUCAUCAAUCCAUCCAUAUUAUGUCACUUAUCUGUGUUCAGGUCACAUUAAUUGAUUAAUUAUAUUACUAUGAAUAAUUUUGAAGUACUGACAAAAAAAAAACAUGCUCCUAAUAUAUCAUUACAUGCCUUUUUUUAUCCAUCUCUUACUUGUAUGAUUAUGGAAAAAAUGUUAUAUUUCAUACUUUUUGGUAUUAAAAAAAGGUCUUCUGAGUCAAUGUUGCAUGCAGUUGAUCCCACAUUACCAUACUGAUGAUAGCAUUCAGCUGAAAACACAGCUUAGACAGGUUGUUGAGCUGAGUCAGACAAGUUUAAAACAUUAAACAAAUGAACUAAAAUGAUGAACAGAAUGUGAAAAAAUAAGAAGAAACCCAAGACAUCCAUGUACUGUGUUGCAGAGAUAUCUACUGAAGUCGUCAUGCUAACCAGCUGUAUUUUUAAAUACCAACAAAAUCAAAAUAUUAUAGAAAGAAAAGCUUGAUAUUUUGUAGGUUUGGCUGUAAUUUUCUCAAAAAAAAACAGGUCAGUAGUCUCUAAGGUUGUUUAUUUCUUCUCGACAGAAUACUGUUGCUGUUUUAAGAGUCAACUGUUUCACCACUUUGAAUAAUAUCCUUGAGGUUCUUUCUUGUUUGGUUUAGAAAGAUGUCCGUCUAUUUCUCUGGCCUUGGAUCAUAACUGAAGUGGCAUGAAGGGACCUUGUCUAAUUUAUUUAAAACUCUACUGUUGCCGUGUGACACACUACAGACGGACCUGUCGUGUGUUUUGGGUUUCAGCCCACAUGUAUGAUUUUUAUGGCCUAUUCUAUAUGUUUUUGUUUUUUAAUACUGAAUUAAUGGUUUAUGUUUACACCUCUUUUCUUCAAUGUUGUAGAUUAGUUUUAGUUUUACAUUUAAUGCCUUGAUUGUUUCUUUAUUUCUGUUGAGACUGCAUUACCCAGCAUUCCUUUGGAGUGCAGCUGUUAUGGGGAUUUUGUAACCUUCCUGUAGUUUGACAACAUACAUGUUGAGACUUUUCCUCUGCAUCUGGACCUGCGUCAAACUACAAGUGAUAAACGAUCAAAUACAAAAUACAUUAGUUAAUGAUUAAUGUUUCAGAAGACCAUUUCUGAUACCUGGUCUGUAAUUCUGUUGUCAGUUCAAACAAAAUUUGACAAGCCCUUAAUCAUCUAACCUGCACUGGUUCUGUCUUGUUUGUAUAAUUUCUGGUAUUUUAACAGUGCCAACCAUUCCAUUUGAUACCUUAAUGUUGCUGAGUUUGUGUUUUUUCUUUGUGAACAAAUCCAAAUGUGUAUUUUUUUGUUGUUGUAUUGUCGGUGGAGUUUAUUAAUUGUUUUGUUUAUGACUGUAAUUUAGUCAAACCGACUUCCUGAACUGAUUUCAUUGUCUGUGUAAUGUGUGCUCUUACUUUUGUAUUAAAUGUUAGAUACAUUUGUUUUAACUUGACUGAUAUAAAUAAAUUAAUAACUCAUGUA